CUUCUCUGUUACUCUCUCUCAUUCCCCGAUCUUAAAACUUUUCGGGCGGCCUCUACCAAUUUGACCGCCCGGAUCUCCGCUCCGACGGCCAACAAACAACGGAAAGAGAUUUUUUUUUUCCCGCAGCCCUUCCUUGUCUCCGGCGUUUCACUUUCCUCGCCUGCAAGGAUGCCGUCGCCUCCGAUCCUACCUAUCACCCAGCCUCCUUCUCCGUCUCCAUUUUCCUCUGGAGGCUCCGUCGCCAAUUCGAUUAUGGCAACUACAUCUACUGCCGUAGACAUUAUGGUGCUUAAAGAAGACGAUGAACAUAGGACUGGAGUUCUUGUUUCUCCAUUGUUCGAUGACGAUAGGUCAAUAGCUCAUAAGCCCCUUCUUCCUAGGACUUCAAGCUAUGCCUCCUCCACAUCAACUUCCUCCUCCGGCAGCACUAUGUACAAGCAGAAGCGGAGGCGAGUCAAGAGUGAAGAAUUUUUAUCCUUUCUCUCAGGUGACGGCCGCCACCAGACUGUUGAUCAUGAUGUGGAGAAUGCCGAUGUUGAGAGAGCUGAAAGAUUUCUACUGACCCGUUUCGGUUUGAAACUCUCGAAAUACAUUCGGGUAGCAUUUAGAUGGAUUGCAAGAUUUCUGGCACUUGGUUGCUAUUCAUUUUUUCUUCUUCCAGGUUUUCUUCAAGUUGGUUAUUAUUAUUUCUCUUCCAGUCAGAUACGCAGAAGUAUACCCUAUGGUGAUAAACCAAGGAAUAAGUUGGAUCUUUAUCUUCCAAGACAUAUUGACGGCCCAAAGCCAGUUGUUGCAUUUAUCACUGGUGGGGCUUGGAUUAUUGGCUACAAAGCUUGGGGUUGUCUUUUAGGACAACAAUUAUCAGAAAGAGAUGUCAUUGUAGCAUGCAUCGAUUACAGAAAUUUUCCUCAGGGAACUAUGAGUGAUAUGAUUGAUGAUGCUUCCCAAGGUAUCUCGUUCUUGUGUAAUAACAUUAGAGAAUUUGGAGGCGAUCCAAACAGAAUUUAUCUAAUGGGUCAGUCAGCUGGAGCACAUAUAGCUGCCUGCACGCUUUUGGAGCAUGCAAUGAAAGAGGUUCGCAAAGUAGAAAGUAUCUCUUGGAGUGUGUCCCAGAUCAAAGCUUAUUUUGGUUUGUCAGGAGGGUAUAAUUUGCUCAAUCUGGUAGAUUACUUUCACUCUCGAGGUCUAUCUCGUUCUCUGUUUCUAAGCAUAAUGGAAGGAGAACAAUCCUUGAAACGAUUUUCACCUGAGUUAAUGAUCUUGGAAGAACCCAACAUAGGAGCAGCAGUCUCGAUUCUUCCUCCCAUCAUUUUAUUCCAUGGAACAGCAGACUAUUCUAUACCAUCAGAUGCUAGUAAAACUUUUGCUGAGACGCUUCAAAGCGUUGGAGUGAAAGCCGAAACAUUUUUCUACGAAGGAAAGACACAUACAGAUGUAUUUGUUCAGGAUCCAUUGAGGGGUGGGAGAGAUCAAAUGUUUGAAGAUCUUGUUGCUAUCAUCCAUGCCAAUGACGCGGAAGCGCUGGCAAAAGAUGCGGUAGCACCUCCAAGAAGACGAUUUGUACCCGAGAUUAUGUUGACGUUGGCUCGUACUGUUAGCCCCUUCUAACAACAUCAUUAUCAUCGAUAAAACUACAUCCCCAUGUGAAAUUUAGUCUCCCUCUCGUCUUAUUUGCGGUUCAUUUCUCGUAGCUGACCAAUGGAGGAAAGACAAAUUUAGCAUUCAAAUAUUUUUUUAUAAACUUAUUUACAUAAAUAUUCUGGAAAUCAUGGAAAGUAUUUACAAA